CCUCACUAACUCUACAUGUCGCUCGUGCAGAUGGUGAUGGGCAGAGGUUGCGGUCAGAAAAGGGGUGAUUUUGCUAAGUGGGCUCAGCCGGUGCCAGAGCUGGUUUUGGACGAGCGUCUGGCGUACGAGGAGCUCCUUUACUGGGACAGCCUGAUACAACACGGCCGGCACCUUCACCCACAGGACCUCGAUAGAUACGAGGAGCUGCGCUACUGGUACGAGUGCGUGUGCCACGAGGAGCAUCUGCGGCUGUACUGGCAGCGUGCCGCCGGUGCCGCACAGGAACCUGAGGAGGGAGAUUCUGUACCUGUUAUGUCCCCUCCUUUCCGCCAGAGACCCAUGCGAAUCUUCCUGAACGACGACCGCCAUGUCAUGGCGAAGCACUCCGCGGUGUACCCCUCGCAGGAGGAGCUGGAGGCCGUGCAGAACAUGGUGUCUCACACUGAGCGCGCCCUCAAGGCUGUCUCUGAUUGGCUGGACGAACAGGAGAAGGUCGGCACGGAGGAUGCUGCUGCGGAGGGCCCAGAGAAGGACAGUGAGGCGAAGCCACCUGAACAGGUGACCCGGACCCUGCGCGGGGUGAUGAGAGUGGGUCUGGUCGCCAAGGGGCUCCUUCUGAAGGGGGACCUGGACCUGGAGCUGGUGCUACUCUGCAGGGACAAGCCCACCGUCACCUUGCUGGAGAAAGUAGCGGAGAACCUGAGUGCAGAGUUGAAGACUAUUGUAGAUGACAAGUAUGACGUCGUCCCAUCCGUCAGUGAUGCCGCGAUCUUCGUUAAGAGCGCCAAGGAGCCAGCGCUGACGCUCACCAUCCUCCUGACGUCCCCGGUGGUGCGUGAGGAGACUGAGAGGCAGGCCGCUGGAGAAACGCUAACAGGCAACGAUCCGCCGGAUGCUCUGGACAGGCAGAAAUGCCUGACAGCCUUGGCGUCCCUUCGCCACGCCAAGUGGUUCCAGGCUAGGGCCAACGGGCUGAAGUCCUGCGUCAUCGUCAUCCGCGUCCUCAGGGACCUGUGCAGCCGCGUAGCCGUCUGGGCCCCCCUGCAGGGAUGGCCCUUGGAGCUGUUGUGUGAGAAGGCCAUCGGGACGGGGAUCAGGCCCAUGGGGGCGGGGGAGGCUCUGCGCCGGGUGCUCGAGUGCCUGGCCUCUGGAAUCCUCUUGCAAGACGGGCCUGGUGUUUUGGACCCAUGUGAAAAGGAGACCAGCAACGCCAUUGGCCACCUGGACCAGCAGCAGCGGGAGAACAUCACCCAGAGCGCACAGGGGUCCCUGGGGGGGUUAGGGGUCCCUGGGGGGGGUUAUAAAUCCUCGUCCAAUUCCCCUCUCUGCCAGCAGCCAAACCCAGGAUUCGGCAUGUUGGGCGGAGCUCCCAUGGAUCUGGUGGGCAAUCUGAGAGGCCGUGGGAGAGGUGGGCGUGGCAGGGGAAGAGGAAGAGGGUUCAACAAUGCAGGUGGCUACCAAGGUGGUUUUGGGUCUUAUGGCUACGGAAACGGUGCCAACUCUGGAUACAAUUACUACGACAACGGUGGGGCAAGCGAUGCAGAAGGGGGCUCUGGAGCAAUGGGCUUGCCUGGCCCCUCGGCGAGCGGAGAUGGGGGGGGGUUCGGCGCUUUCUACCCCGGCGACACCGUCUACUCCGGCCCUCCUCCUUCCGCUGCCAAGCCCAUUGGCAACAAGCCCCCCCCGCGGGGGGGUAAACAGCCCUACGCUGGGGCUUUGGGAGCUGCUGGUGGGGUGUCGGGGGGCUACCAGGGCACCCCUCCCUCAGUGCAAGGUGUUUACAAUCCAUAUAGCCAGAACUUUGGACAGAACAAGAAGAACUUCAGCCAGCAUCAUGGAGCAGGUGGCUUCUCCGGCUACAGCACCGCUUACCCCAGUCAGGUGACUGGGGGAGGGGGCAGCCAGGAAUACGGCUAUGAAGGUUACGGCGGCCAGUCAAACUUCGGCUCACAAGGCGGCACGAGCCAAGGCUACGGCGGAGGCCCGGGGUCCUUGCACGGCCAAGUGGGCUUCGGCAGAGGGGAGCCCAGCCUCGGCUACCAGUACAGAUAGUCUGCACCUCCAGGCUUCCUGAGCCUGAUUUUCCAAAGCAGAAACCAGCUCACUCAUAUUUCUAGCUGUUUCCUUCCCGUUGGUACACAUUUUAGUGUGGCUUACACUGUUUGGUUUGUACUUGGUCCCGUUAUUCUUGCGCUCGUCCGUUUCCGGCUGCUCCAAGAAUGCAAACCCUGUGGUGUUCAGAUGCUAAUGCCUUAGCUACUCAAAAGCCAGCCAGCGUAAGAUCCUAGUCUGGGCCAAAUCGAGCUGUGUAUUGUCACUUUGACCUGCUCCAACAUUGAGGUGUCCACGUGCUACGCUGUCCACUGCCACACUCCAGGACUGGGGGGUCCCGUCAGGCUCUGAUGGCAGGAUGAAGCGGAUGAGCUCGUCACCAAUCUCACCUGCCCAUGGAUUUUUUUGUUUUUCGUUACUUUUUAAAUAAGGGUUAAAACACCACGGGUCUUGUGAGCUGCUUUCCGUGCGACCUCUGAUGCCUCUAUAUCACGUCUGGUCUUUUUUUUUUCGACAAUUAGAAAUCGGGACUGUUCAGGCCCUCCCCCACUCACCAAAGUACUGUCUAUAUCUUUUUGUUUUAACAUCUUCCUGUGCUCUAAUCGCUAUUUUUGAAUGGUGUUGAUUGGGAAUGGAAAGGCUGUAAUUUUGUGGCAUAUUUUUGGUUUUUCAAGGAGGUGUUUUGUUUUUCAAAACAGCGUGUAUCACUUGUAUGACCAAUAAAGGAUUUUUAUUUUGGAAGAA